GAAAGUGCCAUGAUCAGACUGUGCGGAGUGGUGACGCUUCUGCUAUUCUCAAUAGUGCGCGCUUUCCCGCAAGGGGCCCCCGCGGAAGCAUGCGAAUCACUGUUGCCCCGCCAUUAUGGAACGGAGCCCAAAGAUCCGGAACAUUCACCCUAUUCAUUUCUAGCCUCUUCCAAUCAAUACCAUUACAGAAUGGAUGGCAUUCAAGUACAACUGACAGGCCCGCGUUUCAAGGGAUUUCUGAUAGCAGCUAUGGAUCCAGAUUCUCAUGAAAGAAUAGGCGAGUGGUAUAAAGUGAAAGGCACUCACACCCUUCCCUGCUCUGCCAUUAGUCAUGCUGACGCCUUACCAAAGAAAAGAGUGAUUCUGCUAUGGAAACCCCCAAAAGAUCGACCGAAAGGAGAAGUAAUUUUUGUAGCAACGGUUUUAGAGAACUUUUCAGAAUACUAUUCAGGUCUGGUUGCUGGAAUACCUUCAUCGCAAGACGAAGAGCAUGAAGAAUCAUUUGACGAUUAAAUCAUCUAGCUGUAAAUAUUUAUUUUUUCUUUGUGUGUGAAUAGU